GCUCGAAGCUUUAUCGUCUCACGGACACAGAUCUUACCUUUGCCGAGGUUAGGACUUUUGUACUUUAUGAUAUAUACCAGGCUCCCUUCAACGGAACCAGAAUCGAGGAAGUCAUCGACAGUGGGGACCAGCGUUUUCAGAAGUCACCCAGUAACCGCGAGUUGGCAGAGUCAGGCUCCUUCAUUGUGCGAUACAUCAGGUCGACCUCGCUCUAUCUGUCUAAGGACAAAAAUGACCCCGCUACCCUACAUAGGCCCUCUUACUGGAGUUCGAAUCCACGACACAUUCUGGUUGUGUCAAGCUCGGAAAGCUGAUGUUAUCCUAAUGAACCGUGGACCUAUCCCUGCCCCAGCUUGGACAUACGAUGGGACUCUUCGCGGAAACUGGUCAUACAUUGAUUGUCUCCACCUGAAUGGAUCUGCUGCUGUUGAUUUCACCUCGUCUAGACGUACAUGCCCGAAUUUUGAAUGCCGUCCUCCACGCCGCUCUCACGAAAUUUCUGUCGGAACUACAUUGGACGCUCAGGACUAUUCACGCAGACCACGAUAUCCGACAAAAGCGUGAUCUCUGGAUCUGGUACGGGAGCAUGCAAUGCAAUAGAGACUUUUCGACAAGCGAUCCUUGGUCUUCAUAACAGUAUACAUGCACAACUUCAUUCUCUCCAAGAUCCUUCCCCACUAUGGAAUUCUCUUCCUUCCUUUGCCGAGCG